UCUUGAAAUCCAAUCUGUCUCGCUUCCUUCACCUACGCCACUCCAACAAUCAGUUUCGCCGUUAACACCGGAAGAAAACGACAAAGCGGUAGGAGGUCGUUGAUGAAACGGGAAGCCGAGAUGGCGUGGCAUUUGAUGGCGCAGAGAGGCUUUGCCUGGAGCGUGCGACAGUGGCGGAACUCAAGGUGGUUGAAGAAUGAAGCUACAUGGUGGGGUUUGCAAUAGGAGAAGGUGGAGGAAGGGAGAUGAAGUGGAGGCGAGUGACGACUAGGUCCCUCUUCAUGGUGUUUGCGUGUUUCACUUUCACCAAAUUGAACACAUGGAUGAUUGGCUCUCUGAAAUUACCUAAUACAAUAUGUUUUUGCCCUGGAUGCCCAAAGUGCCAUAAAUUAUAUGACAGGAUAUUAUUUUUUGGGGGAAUGUUCAUCCAAUGUUUGUGGCUCUUCCUUACCUUCACCAAAGCUAUGGUCGUGUUAUUAUCAAUGCAAGUUUGCUACCUUUACCAAGAUGAGUUUAUAUGGCGUGAGAUACAGGGGGCCUAUCAAAUAAAAGUUACUACAAGCGCCCUGGCCUUGUUGCUAACCAGCAGGCACAAUGAACUGGCAAAAAUUCAUGUCAAUGGCCAUCUGAUUAAGGUAUUACAUCAAUGAGAUGUUACUGUGCUUAUAUGCUAUACCUUGUUUUAGCUUAUGUUACUGUGUUAUACCUUGUUUUAGUUUGGUGAUGUGUAUUGAUUUUGCAGUUAGCUUUCAUAGCUUUUGAAAUGUGUACCCUUUCGGUUUAAUUAUGAUCAAUAUAUCUUCUUUUCAGAAAAAAAAGAAAUGUUAUCUUUUGGCUGAACAGGUGUGGUA